CAAUAAAGGUUUAUUGCUAGGCUGUAUAAGAAGGACAGACGUGUGUUAGAAGCGGUGAGUUAGCAGGUUUGAGUGCUGUGAGUGUGAUGUCCAGAAGAGCGUGUGGUCUGUCGUCUGCGGAGCUGCUGCUCUCUGCGCUGCUGCUUCUGCUGUUCGUGGUUUGUGUGGGACUCAGCGCCGUCACCUGGCUCGCUCUAGACAGCACAGGUACGACACUGUCCCUCUCUGAUGAGCUCUGCUGGAGGCUGCAGGUGUUCUGCAGUGAUGUGUGUGAUGUUUCAGAUGCUGGAGGAGAGCAGAGCGGCUCAGAGUUCAGCGGGAUCCUCGUCAUCUCCAACGGAAGCCUCUUCACGGAGGAGCUGCUGGACAAACACAGCGACCGGUUCAAAGCUCUGGCGUACGACAGCGAGCAGAAGAUCAGUGACGCUUACAGUCGUACUUCGCUUAAAGAGCAGUUCAGAAGCUGCAAGGUCAACGAGUUCAGUGAAGGCAGCGUGCUGGUGUUUUUUGAGCUGGUCUUCCGAGGCGUUCUGGACUCACAGACGGCUCAGGAGCAGUUAGUGGAUGGUUUACAGCAGGCUUCACAUGAUGGACUCGUGAUCGACACCCACAGUGUGCAGGUCACAGAUAAACCAGCUACAACCCAGAGAGCGUCCACAGCAGGAGCAGUGAGUUGCCCAGAAGGACAGAAGGCUUGUGCUGAUGGAUCAGCAUGUGUUCCUCAGUCGGACUUCUGUGACGGAGUACAGAGCUGUGCUGACAGCACCGAUGAGCAGCACACUCUCUGUGCAACAGAGUGUGACGGUCAGUUUCUUCUGCUCGGAGCGACCGGAUUCUUCCACUCAAAACACUUUCCCGAGGUCUAUGACAGUCCCACGGCCUGCCGCUGGAUCAUACGAGUGACUGAGGGCUCGGCCGUCAAAAUAGUCUUUCACACUUUCCAUACGGAGCAGGACAUCGACGUUCUGAGGCUGUACGAGGGCACGGGCCCCAUGAAAGCACUGACACACUCGCUCUCAGGCGCAUCUCCUGGAGACAUAUGGCUCUUAUCGCAUGAAGCCACUGUUGAGUUUUUCGCAGACUACGUCAACAGCCUUCAAGGAUUCAACGCGACUUACACGGCAGAGAACGUCAAAGAUCUCUCUAAUGAAGAGAAGGUAAACUGCUCCUUUGAAGAGAACUUCUGUCACUGGAGGCAAGAUUUUGAUGACGACGGUGACUGGUUUCGAGCACAAGGCGCUACUGUCCCUCCUAACACCGGCCCAAGCUUCGACCACACGACCGGAGACCAAUCAGGGUACUACAUUGUGACCCCUCGGACCCCUGGAAGUCAAGAUAAAAAAAUCCGUAUAUACAGUCUUCCUCUGACUCCUACAAAGGAAUCAGUGUGUCUGCAAUUCUGGUAUCACAUGUUUGGCGAGGAGGUUUGGCGUCUGACGGUCACGGCACAGGAAGGCUCAUCCGUCACCGUCCUCUUCCAGAAAGAAGGGAACUACGGUGACAGCUGGAACUACGGUCAAGCCACGCUAAACAUCACUGCGGAGGCUGUGCUGGUGUUUGAGGCGCAGAAGAGGGCAGGGUUUCUGAAUGACAUUGCUCUGGAUGAUAUCAGCGUAGCACCUGGUUCUUGUGGAGUGGGCCCUCCGGAGCCGACCCCGGUCCCUCCUCCCAUCACUCCUCCUCCUAUACCAGAGGAUUGUUGGGGACCGUUUGACCUGUAUGAACCCAACUCGACAUUCAGCUCUCCAAACUACCCCAACGGCUACGGACACAAAGCUUCAUGUAUGUGGACUUUACAUGCUAAGGAAGGACAGAAUAUCCAGCUGCAUUUUCAAGACGUUGCUUUAGAGAUGGCUUAUGACAUUUUAGAAGUUCGAGAUGGAGCGACGCCCUACUCAGAGCUGCUAGGUGUCCUAACUGGGGAUCGUUCCUUCCCGGAUCUGUUUUCUACAAGCUCUCAGAUGACAGUCAUGCUUUUCACAGAUGCCUCGGGCAACAACAGAGGCUUUCUAGCCAACUUUAGCACAGGCAUUAACCUCGGGCAGCCAGAUCCGUGUCCCAGCGGUCAGUUUCAGUGCGGCACAGGAGUGUGUGUGUCCAGCUCAGGUGUGUGUGACGGAGCAGAAGACUGCGCUGACGGCUCUGAUGAAGCUGACUGUGUGCAUAUAAUCAAAGAGAACGUCACUGCAGCUGAACGACUGAGACUUCAGGUCCAGGAUCAUCUUUACACGGUGUGUGCUCAAGACUGGAGCUCUCAGCUCUCACACUUCUUCUGCCGCUACCUGGGCUUCAGGUCAGGAGAUGCUUCGUUCUCCAGCAUUACGGAUGGAGAUGCUCCCUUUACUACUGUAAGUGUGAAUACUAACGGCUCUCUGGAUCUGAAACCCAGUGACACGUGCCUCGGCGGGAAGAUCGUGUCGCUGCUCUGCAACAAUCAGCCAUGUGGCGCCCGUAAAGUCCCCUUAAACAGUGAGACUAGAAACGGAAACAAGGCGGGCCGAGUGGUGGGCGGUCAGGAUGCUCAGAAAGGGGCGUGGCCAUGGAUAGCAUCUCUGCGCUGGUUGGGCGGUCACGUGUGCGGAGCCACUUUGAUUGACAGCGAAUGGCUGAUCACAGCAGCACACUGUGUUUAUGGAAAGAACGUGCACCUGUCAAACUGGGCGGCGGUGCUGGGUCUUCACUCUCAGUUCGGCUCGGAUAACCCCGGCAGACAAACACAUCUGAUCGACCGCGUGAUCAUGCACCAGCGCUAUAACAGAAGAACCAAGGAGUCGGACUUUGCUCUGAUGCACUUACAGACGCCUGCCAACUUCACAGAUUACGUGCAGCCCAUCUGCCUCCCAGAUCCCGGAGCUGAGAUUGAAGAAGGGAGAGAGUGUGUUAUUGCUGGCUGGGGACUGACGGCUGAAGAUGGCUCCAGAGCCGAUGUGUUACAGGAAGCCGUUGUGCCGCUUUUAAGCAACAAACAGUGUCAGGAAUGGCUUCCGGAGUACAACUUCACCGAGCGAAUGCUGUGCGCCGGCUUCGCUGAAGGAGGAGUGGACUCCUGUCAGGGGGACUCUGGCGGGCCGCUGAUGUGUGAAGAGGCCGCUGGUUGGGUUCUGGUCGGCGUCACGUCGUUUGGCAUCGGCUGUGCUCGACCGCAGCGGCCCGGAGCGUACGCUCGCGUCAGUCUCUUCGUUCAGUGGCUGGCAGAGAACCGCCGCAUCUACUCCGACUGGAGAGGCUUCUGAUCAUUCUCCCAGCAACUCAGCUUUUAUAUCUGUGUCCCUGCAGCACAAAAGCAGUGUUAAGUCGCUGGGGUAUAUUUGUAGCAA